ACAGACACGAUGAUGAAGUUUCUGGUGCUCGCUGUUCUUGUGGCUGGAGCCUAUGGGUGUGGCCUGCCCACCUUCCCUCCUGUGGUGACCAGAGUGGUGGGAGGAGUCGAUGCCAGAGCUCACAGCUGGCCCUGGCAGAUCUCUCUGCAGAUCUCCAGAGGAGGUGAAUGGGCCCACACCUGUGGCGGAACUCUCAUCUCUGACUCCUGGGUGCUGACCGCUGCUCACUGCAUCAGCAGUAGCUACACCUACCGCAUUGCCGUGGGGAAACACAACCUGGUCGCCGAGGAGGCGGGAUCUCAGUUCAUCAACGCCGGCCAGAUCAUCGUCCACGAGAAGUGGAACCCCUUCUUCAUCCGUAAUGACAUCGCCCUGAUCAAGCUGGAGACCCCCGUGGUCGUGUCGGACUCCAUCAUGCCUUCCUGUCUGCCCGAGGCCGGCUUCCUGCUGCCCCACAAUGCACCUUGCUACGUCACCGGCUGGGGACGCAUCUACACCGGAGGUCCCAUUGCUGAUAUCCUGCAGCAGGCUCUUUUGCCCGUGGUGGACCACGCCACCUGUACCCAGCCUGACUGGUGGGGCAGCCAGGUUGCCGACACCAUGGUGUGUGCCGGUGGAGACGGAGUGGUGUCUGGAUGCAACGGUGACUCCGGUGGUCCUCUGAACUGCCAGAAUGCUGAUGGUGUUUGGGAGGUUCACGGCAUCGUGAGCUUCGGCUCUGGCCUGAGCUGCAACUUCCCCAAGAAGCCCACCGUCUUCACCCAAGUCAGCUCCUACAUGGACUGGAUCUCCGCUCAAAUGGUCUACUUCUAAGGAGGAGGGUCCCUCUGAGCUGUUGACCAAUGAGAGGGGCCCUCUGAGCUCUCCACCAAUGAGAAGGGUCCUCUCUGAGCUGUCCACCAAUGAUACUUCAGCAUGGUGCUCAAACAACCAAUAAACAUGCAGCUGAG